GUAUCUUUUUUUAUUUUGUCAAAAUAGCCGAACAUUAUAGUUAUAAAUUUAUAAUCAGCAGUUAUUCAAUUAAUUAUCUUCAAUUUUACAUACAAACGAAACUGAAACUGAAACUGAAGUGAGUGCAGGGUUUGGCCUCAUUCAUUCAUACAUACAUUUCUCAAAAGGGGAAUUCAGGCCUAAGCUUCAAAAUUUUCUGCUAUAAACAAUCUUACUUAAUCAAUUCAAGAAGCUAAAACCCACCCAAAUUGGACCCAUUAGUUUAAUCAACACGCAAAGGAGAAGGACGCUCAAAAUUGGGUGUGAAAUAGGAAGGUGAUGUUACCUGGAAGAUGAACGCUGAGGUUACAGAAACAAUGAUCCAACAGUUUUGCAAUUGUGGGAUAGAUGAUGUGGGAGAUAUACCCGCCAUAUGUUUUACGAAGGUAAAAUAGAAAUUAAAUUAGGAACGUGGUCUUUAAUUCUUCUCUUCUCUCCCAAUCAUCCCGAUUUAGAAGGAAGGAAACAAUUUAACACUAAAAAAACCUCCUCUGUCUCUCCCUUUCUUCCCAUAAUAUAAUAUAAUCUCUGGAACAAACAUCAUUACCCCCUUUUCUUUCCUUACAAUUCUUUUCUCUAAGUGGAUCUCUGGAACAAAUUGCACCGACCCCUUUUCUUUUUGGCUUUCGUUUCUUCCUUUCGUCCAAAUUGCAUGUAUUAUUCAAUAACAGGAAGAGAUUUGAAAACCCAAAUCCAUAAUUGCAUGUAUUAUUCAAUAAUAACAGGAAGGAAGAGAUUUGAAAAAUCCAAAUCCAUAUCCAUAUUUGAGAAAUGGGUGUGAAUAAUGGAAGAGGAGUUGUUUUGGUAAUAAUUGGGUUUGUUGUUUUCGCAUCAUCAUCAUCAUCAUCAUCUGGCAAUGUGGUGUUGGAGGUUCACCAUAAAUUUGCGGGGAGAGAAACGACUUUAAAAGAAGUUAUAUCUCACGAUGCCAACCGCCACCGGAGAAUUCUCUCCGCCGCCGACCUCCCUCUCGGUGGCGACAGCCGCCCCACCGCCGCAGCUCUCUAUUUCACUAGACUUCAAAUCGGGUCUCCACCAAAGGAUUACCAUGUACAGGUCGAUACAGGGAGCGAUCUUCUAUGGGUUAACUGUAUCGAAUGUGAAAACUGCCCUAAGGAAAGUGACCUUGGAAUACCCUUGAGAUUGUAUGAUCCAAAGGACUCUUCAACUGCCAAAAAGGUUGGUUGUGAUGAUGACUUUUGCAAAUCUACAUUUACUGGCCCAAGUGACGAGUGUAAGGCGGGAAUGUUGUGUGCGUAUGGUGUUAAAUAUGGUGACGGGAGUUCAACCACUGGUUAUUUUGUCAAUGACAAUGUACAAAUUGCCCAAGUUUCUGGAAACCGUCAAACUACACCUAUGAGUGGGAAUGUCAUUUUGGGAUGUGGGGCUAAGCAAUCCGGGCAGCUAGGUUCGUCAGACCAAGCACUCGAUGGGAUUCUUGGGUUCGGGCAGUCAAAUACAUCGAUGAUUUCGCAGCUUUCUUCGGCUAAAAAGGUGCGAAAAAUGUUUUCACAUUGUUUGGAUGGUAGAGGAGGAGGUGGCAUUUUUGCUAUUGGAGAAGUAGUGCAGCCAAAGAUAAAAACAACUCCACUUAUAGAUGAUCAGACACAUUAUAAUAUCGAACUGAAGUCUAUUGAUGUGAAUGGUGAGGAUAUAAAACUUCCAACAAGUAUACUUGACUUUAUAAAGAAGCAAGCAGUUGUAGUUGAUAGCGGUACGACUUUGGCUUAUUUUCCUGAUGAGGUUUACAACCAACUAAUGGAAAAGAUCAUGGCUGCACAACCUGGAAAGAAGCCGCAUGUAGUUGAGAAGAUGUUUAAAUGCUACCAGUACUCGGGGAACAUCGAUGAUGGUUUUCCGGUUGUCAAUUUACACUUUGCAAAUUCACUUUCAUUGAAAGUUUUACCCCAUCAAUAUUUCUUCCAAGUUGAGGAUGAUGAAUGGUGCAUCGGUUUUCAGAACAGUAACCUUAAAGAAAAAACCGGAAAGGAACUAACUUUGUUAGGAGAUAUUAUUCUAUCAGAUAAGUUGGUUACAUACGAUAUGGAGAAAAAAGUAAUCGGAUGGACUGAUUAUGACUGCUCGUCAAGCAUUAAAGUGAAAGAUGAAGAAUCCGGAAAUGUGUAUGAGGUUGGUGCCCAAGAUAUUUCUUCUUCACAUUAUAGAUGCAACUCGAGAAUGGUUUUGUGGUUGCUCUUCUUCCUUGUAGCUGCUUGCUUGAUCAACUAGACCACCAAAUAUGGGAUUGUAUUUGCUUAAAACCCAUGAGAGACCAAUUGGGUUUUUGGGUCAUGUAUAUAUUCUUCAAGAUGUAUAUAUUCACUAGCUUAUGACCCGUGUAUUACACGGGUUUGUUUUAGACCACGAGAUCAAUCUUUCCAUCGAAUCAA